AUGUAUCAAGUAAAAUGUGUCACUGUGGAAAAUAGAAGAGAGUUGCCCACUGUAGGAAUCGUUUCAAAACAGAUGGAGACUGGAAACCACACAAUGGUAACAGAGUUCAUUAUUUUGGGGCUAACUGAGGAUCCCACCCUUUCUUUCGUCCUCUUCACGAUCAUCCUGUGCAUCUACCUGGUGACUGUGUCUGGGAACCUCAGCACCAUCCUUCUCAUCAGAGUCUCUUCCCAGCUCCAUCGCCCCAUGUACUUUUUUCUCAGCCAGUUGGCUUCUGUUGACAUAGGCUACUCAUCUUCUGUCACACCCAAUAUGCUGGUCAACUUCCUGGUGGAGAGAAGCUCAAUCUCCUACCUUGGGUGUACCAUCCAGCUUGGCUCAGGUGCUUUUUUUGGAACAGUUGAAUGCUUCCUUCUGGCCACCAUGGCUUAUGAUCGUUUUAUAGCAAUCUGCAACCCACUGCUUUAUUCCACCAAAAUGUCUACACAAGUCUGUAUCCAGUUGAUUGUAGGGUCUUAUGUUGGUGGGUUUCUUAAUGCUUCCUCCUUUCUUCUUUCCUUUUUUCCUCUCCUCUUCUGUGGACCAAAUAAAGUCAAUCACUUUUUCUGUGAUUUGGCUCCAUUGGUAGAACUCUCCUGUUCAGGUGGCGAUGUCCCUAUAGUUCCUGCCUCAUUUUGUUCUGCCUUUGUCAUUAUAGUCACAGUGUUUGUCAUAGCCAUCUCCUACACCUACAUCCUCAUCACCAUCCUGAAGAUGCGCUCCUCUGAGGGUCGACACAAGGCCUUCUCCACCUGCACCUCCCACCUCACUGCAGUCACUCUGUUCUAUGGGACAAUCACAUUCAUUUAUGCAAUGCCCAAGUCCAGCUUCUCCACAGACCAGAACAAGGUGGUGUCUGUGUUCUAUAUGGUGGUGAUCCCCAUGUUGAACCCUCUCAUCUACAGCCUCAGGAACAAUGAGAUUAAAGGUGCUCUGAAGAGACAGCUUGCUAGGAAAAUAUUCUCUUAA